UGUAGGAUAUAGUACGAUUCAGAUACCCAAAAGCCCGUUUUCACCAGCUUCCAGGUGUUGCUGAAAAGAUAAUAAUAGUUUACAAGGGACUAUGUGUCAGCACUUCAGUGUCACAUACACCACACCUUAGAGAUACUCGACCUUUAUGUUGAACAUCGAACCGUUCCUAUGAAGCAAGCAGAGUCAAAAUUCAUUCGUCACCAAGAAUAUAUUCGUAGCAGUCCAGAUCAUUGCCAAGUGAAGUUUCACCGCGUGGACCCUUCGUGGUGAUGAGGUGUGGCCAGUCGAUCCCAGGCUGUCCAACUCAACACAACACCCGCUGCCCGCGCAGCAUUGCUUAGUCAUACAUAUAAAUAUCCACAACGCCUGUAGACAGAUUCACUGCUCAAUCGAUGGAUGUCCGAAUUCAGUUGUUAGACGUGUUUGGCAGCCGACUUUUAGUCGUCGCAAAUGACCAACCUUGGAAUUUCCGGAGGCGACGUCGAUGCACUGAGCGACACCACUACGGCAUAGUAAUAAGCUGGGAACAUUGUCACCGCGGCGCAAGCGCAUUCACCGUGACCGCACCGUGCGCUCGUUCACUUACAGCUGCCUCAGAACGCCUCACCGCACCCACCCCCAUGUCUAACCGCACGAAGCGCAAGUUCGAUCUUGACCCCACUGCUUCCGACCCGGAGGACGACGACUACGACGACGUCGACCGCGCGCCUCCACAGCGUCGCCGCCAAAAUCGAACACCGGGGACGAAGAAGGCAGGCAACAAGCGCCAGCGCCGCAUCUACAACGGCUCUGACAUUGACGACGACGACGAAGACGUCAUCGAAGACGACUCCUUCACGGAACGCUCCGAGUCUGAGGAGCCAGAAGUCAACCCUACAACAGGCCGCAGCGUGCGCCGCGCGACAAAGAAGCAGGUCACGUACGAGGAGAGCGACGAAGACGAGAUAGAAGACACGGCUUCGGACAGCGAGGACAAGAAGCUUCGAAACACAGGCUGGCGGCGAGCAGCUAAGCCAUCGAUCGAAGAGGUCGACAAACCAUCGCUCAUCGUCAAGCUCAAGAUGCCUGAGAAUGCCUUUGGUCGUGCCCUGCGCGCGCGUACUGGUAGCAAAUCCACCGCUCCUACAACACGUGGAAGGACGCCUGAAGUCGGCAUCACACGGCGCAGCAGCCGUCUCUCGCACGACGUAGAAGCGCCCAUGGUGGCCCUUUCCGACUCUGGCAAACACGCAAACGUCGUCCGAGAAGGCACGCGAACACCCGAGCCACCCACCGCCCGUGCUACUAGAGGUGGCAAGGGCCCGAGAAUCCAGGCUCCAAGCACCAUCGAAGAAGCCUCCCAGGAGGUCUCGAUGAUCCGUGACGAAGGCGAAGACGACAGCUCAGGCCCACUUGACCGGCUUCUUACAGGCGCACAGAUGCAAGUGGAGUCUAGCGCACCAGGUUCACCAGGACAUGAUGCCCAAGGAACGAAAGAGGAAGAGGAUGAUGAAGAAGGCAUGGAGGGCGUGAUCCAAGAGUCACAGCACGACCGUGCUGCUGAGGAAGACUCUGACGAGGAAGAGGGACCCAUCACACGAGGUGGCCGCAAUCUGCGAUCGCGAGCGACAUCCCAGAAGCGCAAGCGCGGUGCAGGCGAGAGCAGCGACUUCGAGCCCGUCGAUGUCGACGCUGAGGGCGAGGAUGAGGAGAUGUCAGAGUCUGAUCAUGGUAAAGGCAAAGGUGCAGCGUCUGACAGCGCCUCAGGGUCUGCUCGCAAGACUAGGGGUCGAACACGGCAGUCUCAACGAAGUAGGCGCACUUCAUCAGACGAAGAGUCGGCUUUAGACGACGACGAGCUACAGGAUGAACUGCAGGAGCUGGGCACACACAAGUGCCGCCGCCUAAGCAGGCGUGUGCCUGACAAGGAUCUCUCCUACGAAACUGGUCCCAGGAGGCGAGAGCGCAGGACCGUUGACUACAGAGUUGUUCGUCCUGAGCUCAACGCAGUGUUUGAAAAUGAGGACGAAGACGGGCCAGCGCCAUUAGCCAGCAAGUCACGUUCCAAGGCAGGCGCCGGGGCUGUGUCGUUGUUCAGCAACCAGGGUCCGUUCGGUGGUGGUCAGAUUGGCUUUGGGCAAGACGAUGACUCCGAUAGCAGCGAUGAGGAAGUGCAGAAGAUGCCCAGACAUUUCGGUAGCAUAGUUGGCAUGACGCCCACAGCAGCAACAGCACCAGGCUUCGGUGCCUUUCCGCAGGGCCACAACAACUCUGCACAACAAGACAAAGGCUCCGGCGGCGGACCUGCAAACUUCGGCAAGAUCAAGGACAAGAAGGCUCUGGCUGAUGCCGACCCGCUUGGAGUGGAUCCCAAUGUCAACUUUGAUGGUGUCGGUGGUCUGGACGAUCAUAUCAACAAGCUCAAGGAGAUGAUCAUGCUUCCCUUGCUAUACCCUGAGGUCUUUCAGCGCUUCAAGAUCACACCGCCUCGAGGUGUGUUGUUCCACGGACCCCCCGGUACCGGUAAAACAUUGCUCGCUCGUGCUCUGGCCUCCAGCGUUAGCUCGCACGGCCAGAAGGUUACCUUCUAUAUGCGCAAGGGUGCAGAUGCUCUGAGCAAGUGGGUUGGUGAAGCUGAAAAGCAACUUCGCACGCUGUUCGAGGAAGCUCGCAAGACUCAGCCCAGUAUUAUCUUCUUCGACGAAAUCGAUGGUUUGGCACCUGUCAGAUCCAGCAAGCAGGAGCAGAUCCAUGCAUCCAUUGUCGCGACUCUACUUGCGCUCAUGGACGGUAUGGAUGGCCGUGGACAAGUCGUUGUCAUUGGCGCAACAAACAGACCCGACUCCGUCGACAAUGCGUUGCGUCGCCCGGGUCGAUUCGAUCGUGAGUUUUACUUCCCGCUGCCCAACGUCGUGGGGCGACGUGCUAUUCUUGACAUCCACACCAAGAACUGGGAUCCACCACUUGACCCUAAGAUGAAAGACUCACUGGCGGAACUGACCAAGGGCUAUGGAGGUGCCGACCUGCGCGCCCUUUGCACGGAAGCUGCCUUGAACGCUGUACAGGGCACCUACCCGCAGAUCUACCAGUCUGAGAAGAAGCUGCUCAUCCACCCUAGCGAAAUCAAGGUUCUCGCCAAAGAUUUCAUGGUUUCAGUAAACAAGAUGGUUCCUUCCUCGCAACGGACUGCUACAGCUGCCGCCAAUCCCUUGCCCAAACUUAUUGAGCCCCUGCUACGGAAGCCGCUAGCAGAUAUCAUCAAGCGCAUCAACGAGCUUAUUCCCCGGAGGAAAGUGCUUACUGCACUUGAGGAAGCCGAGUACGAUGAUCGCGAGGACGAGAAAGGAUUCGAGCGUGAGAACACAAUGCGCAAUUUCGAAACCAGCAGAAUAUUCAGACCCCGACUUCUCAUCACCGGUUUACAGGGGAUGGGUCAACAAUAUCUGGGUGCUGCUCUGCUCAGCAAGAUUGAAGGCCUCCACGUGCAAUCGUUCGAUCUCCCAACCAUCUUGGAAGACUCCACACGGUCUCCUGAAGCUGCUAUCACCCAGUUGUUCACCGAAGUUCGACGUCAUAAGCCCAGCGUGAUCUACAUCCCAGCCGUGGACGUAUGGUACAACACGCUGCCUCCAGCAGCCACCAAAACCUUCAAGCUAUUGCUGCGUAGCAUCGGUGCCAACGAACCAAUUAUGGUACUAGGUGUGAUGGAACUCGAGACUCCAGAAGACAAACCUGACCGCCAAAUGAUGGUCGACCUCUUUGGCUUCUCCCUCAACAAUCAGUUCGAUUUGCAACGCCCCGAUCAAGAAUGUCGCUCGGAGUUCUUCAGCUCUAUCAGCCAGUAUAUUCGGAUGUCUCCCGCCGAUUUCCCAGACCUUGAGAAUAGGAAGAAGCGCGUCUUGCCAGUCUUGGAGCCUGCGCCUGUUGUUGAACCCGUACUUGAUCCCAAGGAAAUAGCUGCUCGGGAAAAGGCGCAACGGAAGCAGGAUGCACUGACGCUCAACAAGUUGAAGAGUCUCAUCCAACCGAUCAUGGACAACUUGAAAAAGAAGCACAGGAGGUUCUUCAAGCCUGUGCUUGACCCAUCUUGGUGGUCAUACCUGCUUGACGAACAAAACCCGAACCGUGUCACCAGUGACUUGGAUCGAGAGCAACAAGAGGCAGAAGGCAUGACACGACCUUGGGAGACAUCAGCGGACAGCAAGGGCGUAGGUGUGCUGCUGCACGUCGAAAGCGGGAACAAGUACUACAACCUUGAUCUGUCACAGAUCGAGCAACGUCUGUCGAAUGGUUACUACAAACGUCCUAAGGACUUCUUGUUCGACGUCAAGACUCUUGCGAAAGACUCCAAAACUUUCCAGGACGCAGAACGCACACUCAGGGCGAACGAAAUGGUCGCGAACGUGGAGGUUGAUAUCGACUCUUGGUUCACCGGCAAUGACGCUCAAUAUCCAUGGUUGACAAAGGAGUGUGACGCGCUGUAUGAGCGAGAAUUGCUACGUGCCAAGAAGGCACAGGAGAAGCGCAAGAAAGCAAUUAGAGACGGCAAGGAGGUGCCUCCCGAAGUCGCGCCAGUGCCUCCCGAGCAAUCGCUUACUACGACUGAGAACGCAUCUGGGCCGAUCGUACUCGGCGAGCCCAUACCUCGAUUCCCUCCUGUCACGCCUGUACGUGGACUUCACGACCAGUCCUUGUCAAACGGCACAAGUGCAGUUGACAGUAGAGAGCAUUCGCAUCAGAAUGGAUCAACUGUCCCAUCGCGGGUGGCAGAUGAGGAUUCAAUCAUGCCCGACAGUCAGCAUGAUGUUACUGCUAGUACACAGGCUGACCUCCAGUUCCAAACACCUAGUAGGCCGAACACGCAGCUGACACAGAAGUCGCAAGUGUCAGCUCGUACAUUCGUUAACCCCAACAUGCCUCUCCACGACUACUACAACAGUGCCAGCACCACUACAUCUGGCAACCAGACUUCGAAGCGUUCUUCAGACAACAAGUUUGGCACUCAGAGCAGCAACAGUGUCAGCAUCGCAGGCUUGCCAGACUUGGUAGCUCCCGCUGGCGGGUCGCAACUUCCGGACACACAAGGUGCGCCAGAGUCUUUCUACCGUCGAUUUGAACUCGAUCCUCCUCUUUCCCCGGAGUACUCGGCUAACUCGAGUUUCGACACAGAGCAGCACUUCCCCAGCCAGCGUUCCGGGUCGCCGCGAUCGCAGACCUCACAGCCGUCGCAGUCGUCUCAAAUGCCUGCGCCCGCACCACCAGCACACAAGUCGAACAUCGUCGAUAUCCUCGCCGAGCCUCAGCCCGAGCCUCAAGUCAUCCUCGAAGACGCUUCGCUUGUACAGCUUCACAGCAAGCUCGUCAGCUCGUCAUCAGGCUGCUCGCUCGAGCAACUAGAACAAGUCAACGCCGCGCUCAUGGACACCAUCUGGGCACACCGCAGAGAAUACAACCGCAACAAGGUCAUUAACGCCGUUGCGGAAGCGUUCAACGUCAUCAUCGAAGAUAUCGAUGCCAUGCAGAAGAUCCUCCAACAGAGUCAGGAGUUGGUGGAGCAGCAGCCCAUGCAUUACGAGUUCGAUGCUAGCCAACGGGGACCUUAUACGCAGGGCCCGGGUACUGGGUACUACUCUGCGCAAGGAGCCUCGCAGAGAUAG